AUGCAAGUCCUUGUGCAAUUCAUCUCACUCUUGUUGAUGGCCUCCAGUGCCCUUGCACAUAAUGUGCUUCUUAAGCCAUACGCCAAACAGUGUUUUUUUGAAAAGUUGAACAAGAAUGACGAAUUGGCCAUUUCUUUCCAAGUUGGUUCUCGUAAUCCUCAAAACCAUGAACAAUACACUUGUGAUUUUUAUAUCAAAUCACCUUCUGGACAAGUUUUGGUGAAUAAGAGAGAUAUGGAUCACGGAGAUGAAAACAUACAAGCAUCAAGUGAAGGUAAGUAUUACUAUUGUUUCCUGAACGAACGUUCUAAUAGAGUUGACUUGGAUGUUUCUUUUAAUGUGCAUGGUGUUAUUUACAUUGAUGUCAAUGAUCCAAAGUCCGAUACCUUGGAUUAUGCUAUUUCCAGAUUGAGUCAAUUAACCAAUGAUGUUAAGGCAGAACAAAGUUAUUUGGUCAUUAGAGAACGUACACACAGAAACACUGCUGAAUCCACCAACUCAAGAGUCAAAUGGUGGUCUGUGUUCCAAAUCCUUGUUGUUGCCAUCAACUCUGUGUUCCAAAUUUACUAUUUGAAGAGAUUCUUUGAGGUCAAGAGCGUAGUUUGA